CGGUCCCCAGACUCUCUCCUUCCCUUGCCGGGCCUUUUCUCUCCGCCUCAGAGCUUCGUGAGGUGGAACUUUUCAAACUUCGGGGCUCUUCAGUCGUACGAGCGGUGACCUCUGUGUCAGCACAUCGGCUCCCCGCACAGAUCCUAGUCUGCCCGGGAGUCGGGAGUUGACCCUGGUAGCGCUGCUCAUAUUCCUAGAAGCUCAAGACCUCUUUGACCUGACAGCACAGUCUUGAGAUGGACCGAGCAUCGUGGCGCUGCCCGAACCCCCCCUCUGUUUAAGCCGAACCACCAUGCUGCCUCAGCGGCUCCUCUGCUUGGUGCUGUGGAGUAACAUCGGUGCCGCUCCGCUCCGCCGGCACCAAGGCUCGCGUCCCGGUCCUCACAGUGAAGCUACCACCCCCGAGAGGAAUGCGCUGAGCAGGUCGUGCCCCCCCCAAAUACCCAGCCGUGUAGCCGUGUUUCCCCCGCUGGGCCCGGAACUAGCCAAGCUACAAGGAGCGCUGCGCCAACUCUCUGUGCGUAAACGUUCUGCACUACAUGGACAUUUACGCACACAGGAGAGCAUGCGAAAAACCCAAUGUACUGUGGAAGUAGGGCUAAAAAAAAACGGGCAAGGACUUAAAUGCGGGAUCAGAACCGAUGAGAAGGAUCCGAGGUCCAAUCAGAACCGGAGGAGGCGAAGCGAGCCGCUGUUGGAGGCACCGGUCGCUAUGGCGCAGGAGCGGGACCCCCUUUUCCCAUUGAUAUUCAACAGCAGCAACUAUGAGGAGGAGGUGGAUUACUCCCUGCCGGACACUCCUGACACCACGCCGUUUGGACCAGGGAACCCGCGGACCAGACGCAAGCAGAUGAAGAACCCAUUUUAUCCCCUCACUGCCGCGUCCUACGGAGCCUGGGCGGUGCUGCUGGUGGCCGCCUUCAUCUUCAGCGUAGGCAUCAUCGGGAACGUGGCACUCAUGUGUAUUGUGUGCCACAACUACUACAUGAGGAGCAUCUCCAAUUCCCUGCUGGCAAACCUUGCGCUCUGGGAUUUCAUCGUUGUCUUCUUCUGCCUGCCACUCGUGGUUUUCCACAAGCUCACCAAGAACUGGCUGCUGGGAGAGUUCUCCUGCAGGAUCGUCCCCUACCUGGAGGUGGCGUCUCUCGGGGUCACCACCUUCACACUGUGCGCUCUGUGCAUCGACCGUUUUCGUGCAGCCACCAAUGUGAAGAUGUACUAUGAGAUGAUUGAGAACUGGGCAUCUACCACGGCCAAGCUGGCAGUCAUUUGGGUUGGAGCGUUGCUGCUGGCUUUACCUGAGCUGCUCAUCCGACAGCUGGUGACAGAGGACAGUGACGCCCCCGAUGUGACGCCCUAUGAACAUUGUGCGGUUCAGAUCUCAACUGAGCUCCCAGACACUCUGUACAUCCUGGGGCUGACCUAUGACAGUGCACGCCUCUGGUGGUACUUUGGCUGCUACUUCUGCCUGCCAACGCUGUUCACCAUCUGCAGCUCACUGGUCACUGCCAGAAAGAUUCUUCACGCUGAGCGAGCUUGCGUACGAGGGAGCAAGAAGCAAAUCCAGCUGGAAAGCCAGAUGAACUGUGCUGUGGUGGCCUUGGCCAUCCUUUAUGGCUUCUGCAUCAUCCCUGAGAACAUCUGCAACAUCAUCACAAUGUACAUGGCGGCUGGCAUUCCCAGGGAGACCCUGGACAUCCUGCAUCUGGUCAGCCAGCUGUUGCUGUUCUGCAAGUCUGCAGGGACCCCUGUGCUGCUGUUCUGUCUGUGCCAACCAUUCACCAGAGCCUUUCUGGACUGCUGCUGCUGCUGCUGCGAGGAGUGCAGCCCACCCCACAACAGAGAAGUUGAAAAUGAAUGUCCCACAGCUGAGCUGGAGCUCUCACCAUUUAGCACCAUCCACAGAGAGCCCUCCACCUCCACUGCUUACUCUGCUGUGGGGACACACUGUUGAGAUCAGCGCUGACUGCAUGACUGAACGGCUCCAAGCUGUUUCAUUCUGAGACCCCAAAUGUUCAACUUGAUGCCAGCUGACAGACUCAUAACAAAAAUGUCUGUCCAUCUGGUGUUUGCUGAAAUCAGUGGUUGAAUUCAAUAAUGGCACAAAUAUAUGAAACCUUUUUUUUUUAAUAAUAGAAGGUUUCUGUUAUUUUUUCAAGGUAUUGCCAUCCUUGUAGCAUCAUACUUUUUACAUGUCUAAUAGCCUACUAGAAGCAAUAAAUCUCAGAAUGUGUAAUCUUAAAUCAUUGCUAUGGAAAGACAGCCUACCUGCAGCCUGUUUUGAUGUCUUUGGAGAGAAAAUAUGAAAGGGGCAGUAUUAGGUCAAAUCAGACUUUUUUGAGCUUUACAUUAUGUAUUAAUGUUUUUCCUUAUCAAAAACACACCCGGAAUGUUGCUUUGAAUAUUUCAUGCCUGUUUGAGUAAUCCUUUAAUAUCUGUGGCAACUGCCUUUGAGACGCAUCUCCUCCCUGGAGCUGCAGUCUCCAGCUGAGAUUCCCCCUCAUCAUUUUCUUAAAAGAAUCCAGUCAGUAUGAGUUAAUUUAGUAUUUUUACAGCUUUUGCUUGUAUUCUUUAUUACAUUUUACCAGUCAUAACCUCUAUAUAUUUAUCAAGGCACAAAAAUACUCAAUAUGGCUGUAAAUAAAAGAAGUGUAAAAAGGAUUCAUUUAUGUUAGCAUAAUAGUUGUUUUCUGAUGUUGUAAAUCAGCAUUUGAAUGGAUUUGAGUACUUCCAUUUUACUUUUACAUUGAAAUAUUGGAAGUUUUUUUUUUUUUGUCAUUUUAAACUUUAGUUUGGAUAUAAGUAGUACCUUUUUUUCACCAGUGUUUUAGAAAGGAGAAAAUAAAUAAACAGGAACACCACUAAAAGAAAAAAAUAUUGUUUCUUCUGUUUUUGCAUCUUUGUCACACUGAUUUUUCAGAUUAUCACGUGAAUUUUAGUAUCAAAGAUAAUCCAACAAUGAGUUUUGUUAUAAUGAGUUUACUUACUACAGAAAAAAAUUAUUAAAACAAACUUGACCUCAUACAAAAAUAAAAUUUGUCUUGUUUUUAAAUCAUG